UGUGAAAGAAACGGCAUCGACGGCAUAAAACCACGACCUCUCCCGCCCCAACCCCAUCCCCCUUCCUCCCCAAACCCAACCCACACCAUCCAACACCCCAUCCACAAAUCCCCAACCAUGGCCGCCAUCGACGCCCUCGUCUACCACCCCGCGCUCGCGCACUACCUCCGCUUUGUCGCCACCACCGUCGGCCGCGACAAGCUCCUCCGCACCAUCCAGUACUUCUCGCGCUUCUACGCGUGGUACCUUUACCGCACCAAUGCCACCCCCGCGGCCAUCAAGCCCUUCGAGGCCAUCAAGAAGCAGUUCGGACUCGUGCGCAAGGCCAUGCGCCUCGGCAAGAACAUCGAGCACUUCAAGAACGCCAAGGUGGCUGCGGAUCGCAAGGAUCUCGACCCCGUGCUCAAGUAUACGGCUGUCGGACGCCAGCUCGGGUACGGUGCGUACUUGACGCUUGAUGCGGCUGCGUUCCUGGAUGCGGCGGGCAUCAGGCCGACCCCGAAUGCGAAGAAUAUUACGAGGAAUUCGCAGAAGGCGUGGUUGACGGGACUGAGCUUCAGCGUUGUUAGCGGAUUGUAUACGCUGUGGGCGCUGAAGGAUAGAGAGGCGAGGUUGGAUAAGAAGGAUGGUGAGAGCGUGGUUGAGGGCAAGAAGAUCCAGCGCGAACGUGCUGCGAUCCAGCUCCAACUGUUCUCCGACUGCUGCGACUUGGUUAUGCCAACCUCGAGUUUGGGAUGGACUGGAUUCGAUGACGGAAUUAUCGGUAUUGCUGGAACCACCAGUUCGCUGAUUGGUCUCUACGGCGCGUGGAAGAAGACGGCUUAGGUGGAUGGAGAGUGGAGAUGGGAGGGUGAUUGUGCAUAACGCGGUUGAUGAUGUGUAGAAUAUAUGGUGUAGUGUUCCCUAUUUAUUGCAAGAAUGACAAAAUCUAUAUCCC